CUCUGUGCACUCUCCUUUCACAGAACAAGAAGGCAUCUGGUCUACAAGAACUCGAGACCUCACUGAAACGGAAAGCAAAUACAAAGAAACUUUAUUUUAAAAACGUGUCUUGGUCCGCCCAAGAAGAGGGCAAUUGGAUUGCUCAGCCAGAAUGAAGAGUAGUUUUAUAGAAAAAAGAGGACAAUAUUGGGAUCACCUUUGACCUGUCCAUUUGGAAAUAUUUUCUAUUGAGUUAUAGAAAGGUGGGAAGCUUUCAUUUAGAACAAUGAAUUUCAUAAAGGACAAUAGCCGAGCCCUUAUUCAAAGAAUGGGAAUGACUGUUGUAAAGCAAAUUACAGAUGACCUAUUUGCAUGGAAUGUUCUGAAUUACGGAGAAGUAUGCAACAUUUGCUGCGAGAAGGUGGAGCAGGAUGCUGCGAGAGGGAUCAUUCACAUGAUUUUGAAAAAGGGUUCAGAGGCCUGUAACCUCUUUCUUAAAUCCCUUGAGGAAUGGAACUAUCCUCUAUUUCAGGACUUGAAUGGACAAAGUCUUUUCCAUCAGAUAUCAGAAGGAGACUUGGACGAUGUGGCUCAGGAUUUAAAGGACUGGUACCAUACCCCAUCUUUUCUGAACUUCUAUCCCCUUGGUGAAGAUAUUGACAUUAUUUUUAGCCUGAAAAGCACCUUCACAGAACCUGUCCUGUGGAGGAAGGACCAACACCAUCACCGCGUGGAGCAGCUGACCCUGAACGGCCUCCUGCAGGCUCUUCAGAGCCCCUGCAUCAUUGAAGGGGAAUCUGGCAAAGGGAAGUCCACUCUGCUGCAGCGAAUUGCCAUGCUCUGGGGCUCCGGAAAGUGCGAGGCUCUGACCAAGUUCAAAUUCGUCUUCUUCAUCCGUCUCAGCAGGGCCCAGGGCGGACUUUUUGAAACCCUCUGUGAUCAGGUCUUGGAUAUACCAGGCACAAUCAGGAAGCAGACAUUCAUGGCCAUGCUGCUGAAGCUACGGCAGAGGGUUCUUUUUCUUCUUGAUGGCUACAAUGAAUUCAAGCCCCAGAACUGCCCAGAAAUCGAAGCCCUGAUAAAGGAAAACCACCGCUUCAAGAACAUGGUCAUCGUGACCACCACCACUGAGUGCCUGAGGCACAUACGGCAGUUUGGUGCCCUGAUUGCUGAGGUGGGGGAUAUGACAGAAGACAGCGCGCAGGCUCUCAUCCGAGAAGUGCUGAUCGAGGAGCUUGCCGAAGGCUUGUUGCUCCAAAUUCAGAAAUCCAGGUGCUUGAGGAAUCUCAUGAAGACCCCUCUCUUUGUGGUCAUCACUUGUGCAAUCCAGAUGGGUGAAAGUGAGUUCCACUCUCACACACAAACAACACUGUUCCAUACCUUCUAUGAUCUGUUGAUACAGAAAAACAAACACAAACAUAAAGGUGUGACUGCAAGUGACUUCAUUCGGAGCCUGGACCACUGUGGAGACCUAGCUCUGGAGGGUGUGUUCUCCCACAAGUUUGAUUUCAAACUGGAGGAUGUGUCCAGCGUGAAUGAGGAAGUCCUGCUGACAACUGGGCUCCUCUGUAAAUAUACGGCUCAAAGGUUCAAGCCAAAGUAUAAAUUCUUUCACAAGUCAUUCCAGGAGUACACAGCAGGACGAAGACUCAGCAGUUUAUUGACGUCUCGUGAGCCAGAGGAGGUGACCAAGGGGAAUGGUUACUUGCAGAAAAUGGUUUCCAUUUCGGACAUUACAUCCACGUAUAGCAGCCUGCUCCGGUACACCUGUGGGUCAUCUGUGGAAGCCACCAGGGCUGUUAUGAAGCACCUCGCAGCAGUGUAUCAACAUGGCUGCCUUCUCGGGCUUUCCAUCACCAAGAGGCCUCUCUGGAGACAGGAAUCUUUGCAAAGUGUGAAAAACACCACUGAGCAAGAAAUUCUGAAAGCCAUAAACAUCAGUUCCUUUGUAGAGUGUGGCAUCCAUUUAUAUCAUGAGAGUACAUCCAAAUCAGCCCUGAGCCAAGAAUUUGAAGCUUUCUUUCAAGGUAAAAGCUUAUAUAUCAAUUCAGAGAACAUCCCCGAUUACUUAUUUGACUUCUUUGAACACUUGCCCAAUUGUGCAAGUGCUCUGGACUUCAUUAAACUGGACUUCUAUGGGGGAGCUAUGGCUUCAUGGGACAAGGCUGCAGAAGACACAGGCACAAUCCACAUGGAAGAGGCCCCAGAAACCUACAUUCCCAGCAGGGCUGUAUCUCUGUUCUUCAACUGGAAGCAGGAAUUCAGGACUCUGGAGGUCACACUCCGGGAUUUCAGCAAGUUGAAUAAGAAAGAUAUCAAGUAUCUGGAAAAAAUAUUCAGCUCUGCCACAAGCCUCAGGCUGCAAAUAAAGAGAUGUGCUGGUGUGGCUGGAAGCCUCAGUUUGGUCCUGAGUACCUGUAAGAACAUUUAUUCUCUCAUGCUGGAAGCCAGUCCCCUCACCAUAGAAGAUGAGCAGCAUAUCACGUCUGUAACAAACCUGAAAACCUUGAGUAUUCACGACCUACAGAAUCAACGGUUGCCGGGUGGUCUGACUGACAGAUUGAGUAAUUUGAAGAACCUUACAAAGCUCAUAAUGGAUAACAUUAAGAUGAAUGAAGAAGAUGCUAUAAAACUAGCUGAAGGCCUGAAAAAUCUGAAGAAGAUGUGUUUAUUUCGUUUGACCCACUUGUCUGACAUUGGAGAGGGAAUGGAUUACAUAGUCAAGUCUCUGUCAAGUGAACCCUGUGACCUUGAAGAAAUUCAAUUAGUCUCCUGCUGCUUGUCGGCAAAUGCAGUGAAAAUCCUAGCUCAGAAUCUUCACAAUUUGGUCAAACUGAGCAUUCUUGAUUUAUCAGAAAAUUACCUGGAAAAAGAUGGAAAAGAAGCUCUACAUGAACUGAUUGACAGGCUGAACGUGCUAGAACAGCUCACUGCACUGAUGCUGCCCUGGGGCUGUGAUGUGCAAGGCAGCCUGACCAGCCUGUUGAAACAUUUGGAGGAGGUCCCACAACUCGUCAAGCUUGGGUUGAAAAACUGGAGACUCACAGAUACAGAGAUUAGAAUUUUAGGUGGAUUUUUUGGAAAGAACCCUCUGAAAAACUUCCAGCAGUUGAAUUUGGCAGGAAAUUGUGUGAGCAGUGAUGGAUGGCUUGCCUUCAUGGGUGUAUUUGAGAAUCUUAAGCAAUUAGUGUUUUUUGACUUCAGUACUAAAGAAUUUCUACCUGAUGCAGCAUUAGUCAGAAAACUUAGCCAUGUGUUAUCCAAGUUAACUUUUCUGCAAGAAGCUAGGCUUGUUGGGUGGCAAUUUGAUGAUGAUGAUCUCAGUGUUAUUAAAGGUGCUUUUAAACUAGUAACUGCUUAAAUAAAGUGCACUCGAAGCCAGUAAGUGCUCUGGGACCUCAUUACUUUAAG